AUGGGUUCCGCAACGCUAGAAAGACACCUUGAUAUCGAUCCCGAACGUAUCGGUCGCCCAAGACUUGACCCCCACGAGAGACUUCUUUGUCGAUUUUACGAACCGCUGUUCCUUUUGAAUGCACUCGGACAGACUCGUGGCAACUAUACAACCACAUCUUUUGAGCUUGAUAGGGGCCGAGCCCAGGUCCGACGAUUUCUUCAAAAUCUUUGUUUUAUAUGCGACCUCAAAAAAGGCGGAAGCGCAUGCACCGCAAUAGGUCUGGAGGAGCUUGAUACGUGCUAUAAUUUCUGUAUCGCUUCCAACAGGGAGACCCGUAAAAUCGCCGCCUUUCUCAAAACCUCCCUUGGUAUUUUGCAAUCUGGGGCGCACCUCACUGCAGCAGAUGACGAUCACGAAGAAUCUAGAUUCUUACAUCUGUGCCUUGAAUUUGCUACUGAUCGCAUCGAAGGUGAGAGAAAAUGUCUCUGCAAAAGUAUCAAAGACUGCCUCUCUACGCUGCACGGACAAUCGUCGGGAUGCGGUGCGUCAAGCCUUUUCUGCAUCGUGGGGGACCUCACAACUCAUUUGUUCACAGAUUCCAAGCUCAUUGAGUGGUUGGAAGUGGCCAUGAAUUUGGAUGAUCAUUUUCAGCUAUGCAUUUUUGCGUAUGAGACGCGAUAUUCGGAUCGAGUUGCCGAGCUUUCUGAGCGGGGCAUGAACGAAGAGAAACGGCUUGGCCCUGCAAGCAAACGCUCGUCAUUUCUCUUGGUGCGCCACUAUGUCGGGCGACUCGCUCAACAUAUACGGGCUCCAAAACAGCUAAUAGACGACAUGAAGGACCUCAGUCAUCUUCUUGAGAGUCAUACAGUCUAUGCUAUUGACGCACUAUCCGCUGCACCUCCGCCUACUCGUGACUCGCACGUUAAUCUUCGGGGCAUUCUGAACCGAAUGUUCAAAGAAAGCGACCAGGAAUGGUCAAAGGUCAAAAAUGGUCUUCUUUACUUGGACAAAGUAGGCGGCGUCUUCGAAAAGUUUUUGCUUCCAUAUGAGCGUUGCUCCCCCGAAGUCCAUGCUGAGGUUCAGGUGUUGGACCACUUUUACAAGAUGCGGAAGUCCUUUGCAGGUGACGACUGUUUCGUCGCUUGUAGCAAGCCAGCGUGUUUUUGCUGCGAAAUGUACUUCAAAUAUCAUCCGACCCGCGCUACGCUAUCUUGUUCUCAUCACAAGAUUUGGACGAAUUGGAGUCCUCCAAAUUUGAAUACUUUCGACGGCGACAACCCGACAUACACGCAACAGAGGGAUAUACUGAACCUGAUGACCAAUGAGCUGCGCGAGCAAGUCAUUACCCAGGUUCUGCAACGCUUACCAUCGAGUCGUUGGCACCCUGACUCAAUGACGAACAUCACCAGUAUUCGAUGCCCUGAUGUGACUUCCUUGGGGCUAGAAGUCCCUAACGCGGAAAAUACAAAGACCCCAGCCAUCAUAGAUUUGACAAAUUGUCCGAAAAGCUAUAACAGACCGCCCGAGACAGCAUUCCCCUUGCUCUUGAACGAAGAUGCAAGCUUCAAUGAUGUGUCUGACGCAGAAAAUGGCGGGGUCUCUCUCUUUGAUUAUUGUCCAUCAACCUGCACCAAGCCAGGAUGA